GAUACAUACGAUGCCAGAGUCGAUAGAGUUGUCGAUUGCAGAGACGAACAAGCUAAGGGCUAAGAUCGGGCUUCCACUCAUUGCAGUCGAGAAGUCUGCAGCCACCGAGAACCUGGAGUCAUCAUCGUCAAAAUCGAUGCAAAAUAAUAGAGACAAGUCUGACGGCGUGAGGAAAACAGAGCUUUCUAUUGAAGAAACUAAUAAGCUAAGGCUAUCGCUUGGGCUACGUCCUAUUCCUGUUGAUUCUAAUUCAGGGAGUGGUGGUGUAGCCAGUGGUGAGUCCAGGGAGAAUAAUUCGUCUCAGUCGAAUGAACUCGAACAGAGAAUUAACAGGUUGAAAAGAAAACCAAAGAACGAGGAAAGCGAAAUCAAGAAAAGGAAGAAGGCAGUGACUAGCUUGUUGUGGGAGGAUGCUGACAGUUCGGAAGACACUAGCUCGUGGUUGAAUAAAUUAGGUAAAGAUACUAAAAUACAAUCACAGACUCAACGCAAGCAGACUCCAGAGGCCGCCACCGAUCCUGAUAUGGCAAUCGGGCACUCAUCGAGAGAAUUGGCUUCUAUAAAAGAUGGAGAGAUCUUAACACUCAAAGACACAGACAUUUUAGAUACUGAAGACCUAAAGGAUCUGCUUGAAAACGAAAAGUUAAAUUCAGCAAAGAAAUUAAAGAAAGAUAUGAGAGAGAAGAAAAGGCAGAAUGAUAUAUCAUUCAAUGGGCGAACGAGUUAUGAGGAAAAUGAAGGAGAAGCUGAAGAAGAGGAAGAAGAAACUGCGAUUACUGGAUCUACUAUCUUCUUGCCAUCCAAAGAAGAGCCCGAGGAACGAGACUCGAAACCGCAAGGCCACACUAUGAAGCUACUGGGCUUAUUCGAUGAGGACGAAGACAUGCACUUGGGUAAUGAUUACAGUAAGCCUAAGAAGCCGGUAAAGAUGAAGAAAUUACUGAAAAAACUGAAGCUGAAGCUGAAGGACCGUAAUAAAACAGCUGAAGAAGUUGAAUACGCACCACUACAGAGAGUUGAAUUGGAAGGCAUGAACGAGAAGGAGACAUUUGAAGAAGAAGAUGAGUUGCAACUGAUUCUUGCUUUGAAAAGAAGACAAAAGCAGCAAUCUAGAUCAAGACUCACGCCUGAACAAAUAGCACAAGAAGUGAAACAGAACAAGCAAUGGGAAAUGAUGAAUGAGAUUGAGGAGAGAAGUAAUUUGUCGAGUUCCGGUAUGGUUUUCGAUUACACUACUGAUUUUCUAAAUACUUUAACCCCUAAUGAGGAGCCAAAGGUGAACUCUUCUGACGAGAUAAGAGUGAAAGAGGAACCAAGCAGUCUGGUGAAAGAGGAACCAAGCAGUCUGGUGAAAGAGAAACCAAGUAGUCUUGUGAAAGAAGAACCAAGCAGUCUGGUGAAAGAGGAACCAAGCAUUCUCGUGAAAGCAGAAUCAGGUGACUCUAUAAAAGAAGAACCAAAUUCUACAAAACAAGAACCCACUUCAAGCGCUCGUGAACAGACACAGUUUAGUCUGGGACUUGCUGGCACAUUAAAGUUCUUACAAUCAAAGAAUAUUAUCAAUAAGCCUACCAGUGAACAACAAGAGCAUAACAAAAAACAACGAGAAGCAGUUAAAGAAGCCGAAUUGCUAAAAUUGCAAUUGUCAAUUGAGGAAAGAAUAGUCACCCAAGAACUACAAGCAGAUAAAAAGUUCAUAAACUUACCAAAAGAAGAACGAACCAUUAAGAUACAAGAAGAAGUUGAAAAUAGACUACGUGCAAAGGGUGUAUUACCACAAAUCGAAACCAACAAAAGAGGAAGAUACAAUAAACCAGCCGACAGAUUGUCCGGAUACAACCCCCAAGUCAAACUCGAUUACCGAGAUGAAGAAGGCCAUGAGCUCAACACUAAAGAGGCUUUCAAAUUCUUAUCGCAUAAAUUUCAUGGUGUCGGUCCUGGUAAAGCCAAAACUGAAAAAAAGUUGCGCAAACAACAUGACUUAAACUCGUCCAAUACCACUGAACGAAUCAUAGAAUAAUAUAUAUACCCC